GUCUUCAAUCACAGAUUCGUAGGCGCACACGCAUACAUACAAGGAGACGCCGUAAAUUCAACACACAAGUCACUUACCGUCGAGAAAUACGCGUUUGAAUAUUUGUAGAAUAUAGAGCAAAACAAUACGUACAAAAUAUGUAAGAGGGGAAAGACAACAACCGGGAUAAUAGUGAAAAUAUACUGAUUGAAACGCUGUUGUGCCGGCUGCUGUGGUAAUACAUAGGGUCACUUUUUGUUUGCUGGUGAAGAAAACUUAUUUGUUUACUGAAAUCUGGUCAAUGGUUAAUCUGCACUAUUUGGUGUUAAAUUGCGCAUUGUUCUUUUUCGCCGGUGUCUUGGCGGUGAGAGUAACGCCAAUAAUAGAGAAAUCAUGAGUCACGCUUAUAAAAUUGUGCUUUUCCCCGAUGACGCGGAAAACAAAUUAAGUGUAGACGUUGUACCAUCUACAUGGAUAUUCGACUCAGAAGAACAUGAGAGUAAAAUGUGCUAUUUCCCAGUGGGUCCUUUCACAGCAAAAUCUAUUUCCCAUUUGCACAGAAUGGUUAAAAAUCGUGCUUCGGUCGACAAAUCAUGGCCAGUGCAGCGGAUAAACUGCAUUAUGAUAAUUAUGCUUUUUCCACUGACCGAGAGUCAUCAGUAGAGAGGAUUUUCACUGAGGAAAAUCGAUUGUCUACAAGUAAGAAGCUAACAAAAAAGUCGGUUCACGAAGAAUUAACCGAUGCUUCCUUUGAUAUGGUGUCAAAUAGUAUUGAUCGAAAUAAAGAAAAUGAAUUGGAUUCUUGUGCAAAGACAUCCAUUGAAAAUACUGGAUCAUCUAAAAAACAAAGUGAAUCUCCUAGACGAGAGAAUUUCGCUCUCUUCGAUGCUGAAAUUCUAGAGGAUAAAGAAUACAGACAGAGAAUCAAAAAUCGCAUCAAGCAUAUGAUUCCUAGAGAACGGAAUUAUGAUACCCAUCACCUAUCUACCAUCCUACGCGUGUAUUUGAAGAAGGAGCUCGUUUUAUCAACAUUUACUAGCGUAAGAGCCAAGAAUGAGAAGGUUCCUUUGAAAGAUACACAUUUCUACAAAUGUCUGCUGAGUGUUCAUACACGUGUUCUGGGUGAAAACAUGAGUGAACAAAAAUUCAGAGUUCAUCUGAAAGCAUCGUUGAAUUCAGCGAAGGACUGGGAUGGGGGAAGAGCAUUUCGUCGUGGUUAAAAAAUUAAUGAGCCAAUAUUUACGUUAAGGAUAAAAAAGAAUGAAAAUUUAUUUUUGUUUUUUUUAAAAU